CCGCUAAAUGUCAUACGAAAGCACAUAUCUAAAAAAGGGCAAAAUGGCGUUUUGUUCGUAGUGGUGUGUGAGUAAAACAAAAAGAAAACUUUUUUAAAAAGACGAACAAAAAAAUGUAAAUAAAGAAAAACUAAUCAGCAAUAAAUUCCAAUCGUGUUCUAAUUUAUGAUUUCCUAAUCGAUUGUUAUAAAAUCGAUUCAAAAAUACACACCUCCAAAUGCCUCUCAUAUCCCAACUAGAAGCAAUAGCAAUCCAAUCACCAAAGUGACGACUGCUCUGCUCGGGGUGGUCGUGGACAACAAAAAUCUUUUAACUCAAAAACAAAUACAAUGAGUUCCACAAGGAUGCAUUUUCAUUAAAUUUCAUUUAAAUAAAAUUGACAAAAAUCUAUCAAACAUAAAUUUAAGAAUAAAAACAAGUUGAAAAUUGUUUAAAAAAUUCCACAAUUUGGGUGGAGAACUCAGUCGAUAUGGAACUGAAAGUUUGGGUUGAAGGAAUUCAAAGAAUUGUUUGUGGAGUGACGGUCAACACGACUUGUCAGGAUGUAGUUUUUGCACUUGCACAUGCAACAGGGAAAGUGGGGCGUUUCACACUGAUUGAACGGUGGCGAAAUAAUGAACGAUUAUUGGCCCCCACUGAAAAUCCAUUAAAAUUGCUUCUGAAAUGGGGCGAGUAUGCUAAUGAUGUGCAAUUCAUACUGCAGCGAUCGGAACAAACAAAGAGACCUGCGGCUGCAGAUGAGAAGGGACAUUCACAGCAAUUUGGUGCAACGACGGCAACAAAAAAACAGCCAUUGCCAAGCAAUGGCAGUGACUCAGAACUGCAUCUACAACAAUCUAUGCAGCAGCAGCAACAAUCGAUGCAUGCUGCCACUGAAUUUAUGCCAUUGAAUCGAUGUAAAGAAUUGAGAAAAAGUUUUGGUUCUUCAGAGUCACCAAAACCAAUAGAAAAUGUUGGAAUCGUCAAAGGAAUACCCCAACGUACGACAAUCACCCCUACACAACCCUCACCAACAUCUCCACAAAAAUCUGGCAAACAUGAAAAAACACCAUCAAAUCUAAGCCUUCCCUCAUCCACAAGCGCUUCAGACACAAUGGUCAACUAUUAUGAAUCAAAUUCUUCAAAUGAAAUUAAUUUGGCUGAAGUACGUAAUUCACUUGACCGUCGCACUACACCGCCUAUGUCAAACAUUAAUUAUUCCCACCAGCAGGAUGCAAGUAAUAAUAAUUCAAACAGCAAUGAAAAUCUAUUAGAUGUCUUCAAUGGAAACACUUCUAAUAACAAUAAAUAUCAAGCAACUAACAGUGUUUCGCCUGAUUUAUACAAGAAUACACCGCUUAUAUCGUCCAAUGGUGCUCUAGUUCCCCCACCCUACCGAGAUCCACCACCGCCGCGGAAUAGUCCAAUGCAAUUGCAGCAACAAACUCAAGUUAAGCUAUUGGAAUUUAGCUCAGGUCUUGGAAAUAAUUUUAAUAAAAAAGUCGACGGUGCAUGUACAAACCCAUUCCUUUCUGAUAUGGGUGAUGGUGAUUUCAAUGAUAAUUUUUUUGAAACUGCACAAUAUAAAGAUUUGAUUCAAUUGAUUAAAUUUCAAAGGGAAAAGAUAACAUCCCAACAAUCUGAAUUAACGAAGUAUGAUGCUGAAAUUGUUUAUUUGGAAAACAAAGAACGUGAUCAGGCUCAAGAACUUGAAGCCAUAUCUCGGGAGAUAACAAAAGCUGAUCAAAUAUUCCGACAAGGCAGUGAACAGUUACAGACAUUGCAAUACGUAGAGGAAGAAAACGAGCUAGUUAAACAGCAAGAGAAAACAUUAAAAUCUGAAAUAACAUUAUUGCGAUCAAAACUUGCAAAUUGUGAGACUGAAUUGCUACAGUGCAAAAAUAAAAUACGAAUUCUCAUGGAUGAUGUUCAAGUUGAACAAAGAGCAAUUUCAAGUCGACAAAAGGAUAAUCGACAAAACGUAGAACGAGAUUUUCUAAUUGAAAUGGAAAGAAUUCAAACAGAAAUUGAUCAAGCAAUACAUAAUACAGAUUCAUCUAGCAAGGCAACAGAUAAUUUAAAAAAAGAAAUCAACAUGAUUGAAAAUGCAAUAGCUGAAAAGAAACGCCAGGUAGAACAACUUGUUAAUGAAAUGAAAGAAGUUAACUUACAAAGUUUAGCUGUUACACCUUCAGAUGAAAUUCGAAAUUUACUGGAAGGUUCCAACAAGCCUGGCAGUAGUCGAAGAAUUAUUGGUUCGCCAAGGCAACUAGAAAAUGCAGUACCUACAAGUAAAAAUCCACAUGGGGUAUGGGUAUAAACGAAGCAAUAAUUAUUCCCAAUUUGUUUUAAAAAAAAUCCUCACCGUCCACUUUUUGGCUAUUUUUAAAAAAUUUAAUUAAUGCGACACUCAAUUUUUUUUUAACCUUAUUCACUUUUGAGAUGGCGUCGAUCUCACAUAGUCCUAAAAAUAAAAUUCACCUUGUAAAUUAUUUAUAUCAUGCUCCACAAGUAAUUAUGCUGUUAUUACAAACAAAAACA